AUGACGGCCGUGAGUCGGUACCUGCUUGUAGCGGGGAUCGUCGCGCUGCUCUUGAAUGCGCUGCUGCUCUAUCGGAAUACGUACGAUGCGAAGAAUCAGGUGAUUUCUGCAGGGAGCGGUGCGGGCGUCGCGAAUUUUUGGUCGCAGCGGCCCAGGGGAGCGUUUUAUGCGCUGGUGCGCAACCGCGAGCUCGGCGCGCUGCUCGAGUCGAUGCGCGACGUGGAAAGCACGUUCAACAACCGCGCGGAUACGCGGUACCCUUAUGUGUUUCUCAACGACGAGCCGUUUACCGACCGUUUCAUGCGGUACGUGCGCGCAGCGACCAAGGCCGACAUCCACUUUGGCCUCGUGCCGGCAGAAGAGUGGGACGUGCCGAGCUCGUUCAAUAUGACCAAGGCCAAAGAGGAGUGGGAAAAGCUGGCUCAGCAAAAUGUGCUCUACGCCAGGAGCAAGUCGUACCGCCAAAUGUGCCGAUACCAAAGCGGCUUCUUUAUGAACCAUGAGCUCCUCCGGAACUUUGACUAUGCAUGGCGCAUCGAGCCGGGCGUGUCCUACUUUUGCAAGAUGUCGGACGAGGACCCAUUCCGCGUGAUGCGCGAUGGGAAGAAGAAAUACGGCUGGGCCAUUAGUCUCCGCGAAGACCCACGCACCGUGCCGUCGCUCUACAAGACCGCGCUGCAAUUCCGCAAAGAAUACCCCCAGUACGCGAGGAACACGAGCAUGCUACCGUUCUCCGUGCGAAAGUUUAACCAGGGAUACAACAUGUGCCACUUUGAAAUCACCGACCUAAACUGGCUCCGGUCGGAAGAGUACCAGGCCUACUUUCAGUACCUGAGCAAGACCAACGGCUUCUUUUCCGAACGCUGGGGGGAUGCGCCGGUACGCUCGUUGGCCGUCUCGCUGUUCCUGGAAAAGGACGAGGUACACUACUUUAACGAGAUCGGGUAUCGCCAUCCGCCGAUCCAGCACUGCCCGAUUGCCAAGCCGGGCAAAUGCGCGUGUGUGCCGGACGACUCGCUCUCCGAGGAAUACUCGCCAAGCAGGCUCAACUGCCUCUUUAAAUGGGAACAGAUCCACGGCAAGGAUCCCGACAUGGAGUACGAACGGCUGCGCGUUCUCGCGUUGGAAACGUAG